UGGGUGGUGGGGCUGGCAAGCUAGCAGAGGCGGUCUCUUUUUUCCUACAAGGGGCCUCCCUUAUUUGGGGUUUUUCUGUGCUUAAGGUUCUGCCUGGCUUUACCCUCUGCCAGGGCUUCUUGAACAGGAAGCAGCUGAUCCACCUAAACUCAGCAGGUGUCUGCCACAAGGGCAGUGCCAGUUGCAGGAUUUGCCUAACAGGGUCCUCUAAUACACCCAUUAUCACUAGGCUGGUAGAUAGUCUUUUAAGAGACAAAGACCUCUCAUGCCUGGAUCUUGUUCUUGUCCAAUCCAAGGGCAUUUUUGCUUUAUUUCCCCUUUCUGAUGCAUUCCGCCACCCCAUCCCUCUUCCAGGGACCCAAGUGGGAGAAGUGCUGCUAGAAACAGCUUGUUCUCUCCCACCACAAUAGCAGAGCUGGGAAAGUGACAGGAGGAGAGAAUUCCCUCUUCCCCACCCCAUCCCCCAGUCCCCAGCAGACACAUACCUUUCUGGUUUAAGUUCUUAGUGUUGGGAGCAUACCAGGUACAGCUGUCAAAGGAAUUCUUUGUGCCUCUGGGGGGCCCUGGGUGACCCGGAUGGCAACAGCUGAGCUUAACCAGAGUUUCCCUAUGAGUAGCUAACCAACCAUGGUAACAUGGAUGUCACUGCCCUGGAUUAAACCUACCCUGUCCUGGGUAGGGGGACUGUUCACUCUAAAAUUCUAAAAGCUUUUCUGCUUGGAAGCACCCAUGCCAGCUUUCAAAGGGCUAGCUAGGGCUGGUUGGGCUAUUAAUAGUCCCGAGUAUUUUGAGAUAGGACUCCCCACCUUAAAGAGCACAGAGAUUCUUAGAGAGGUGGCAAUAAGCGGAGCAGAGCCAGAUGGACAAGAGAAAGUGCCCGGCUUUGGAAGGAGGCCUGGAGCUUGUAAGGGAUGACCAUGCUGAGUCCUUGAUCAGCAGAUUCUGAGCUGGCAAACAGGUGGGAGUAGCCCCACCCUUUGCUGUUGGAGAACAUGCGAGUGGGGCUAGCUCCCUGACCUCAACAGCUCCCCAGGGGCAGGGCCAGCCAACUGAGCUGUGACUAGUGUCCCUGCGGAGGAAUGGUGUGGGAGGGCCACCAGGGUGACACUUGGAGGCAGGGAUUGAUCCUGGGCAGAAUUGUGGUGAGCUGGGAAGGCCUUGCCCGAGGAGCCAGUGACCCUGACUUGUGUGCAGGUAGCAGAGGCAACAGGCCGUGCCGGGGGGGCAUGCUGCUGUAACCUGUGGCCCAGGGGAUGUUACGGUGGACAGUGCAUCUGGAGGGCGGGCCCCGCAGGGUGAACCAUGCUGCAGUGGCUGUUGGGCACCGGGUAUACUCCUUCGGGGGUUACUGCUCUGGUGAAGACUAUGAGACUCUGCGUCAGAUUGAUGUGCACAUUUUCAAUGCAGUGUCCUUGCGUUGGACAAAGCUGCCCCCAGUGAGGCCCACUGUCCGUGGACAGGCUCCUGUGGUCCCCUACAUGCGGUAUGGACACUCAACCGUCCUCAUCGAUGACACAGUCUUCCUUUGGGGCGGGCGGAAUGACACUGAAGGGGCCUGCAAUGUUCUCUAUGCCUUUGAUAUCAAUACUCACAAGUGGUCCACACCCCGAGUGUCAGGAACAGUUCCUGGGGCCCGGGAUGGACAUUCAGCUUGUGUCCUAGGCAAGACCAUGUACAUUUUCGGGGGCUACGAGCAGCUGGCAGACUGCUUUUCCAAUGACAUUCACAAGCUGGAUACCAGCACCAUGACAUGGACUCUUAUCUGCACGAAGGGCAACCCUGCUCGCUGGAGGGACUUUCACUCAGCCACAAUGCUGGGCAGCCAUAUGUAUGUCUUUGGGGGUCGUGCUGACCGCUUUGGGCCAUUCCAUUCCAACAAUGAGAUUUACUGCAACCGUAUCCGCGUCUUUGACACCAGGACUGAGGCCUGGCUAGACUGUCCACCCACCCCUGUGCUACCUGAGGGGCGCCGGAGCCACUCAGCCUUUGGCUACAAUGGGGAGCUGUACAUCUUCGGUGGCUACAAUGCAAGGCUGAACCGGCACUUCCACGACCUUUGGAAGUUUAACCCUGCGUCCUUUACCUGGAAAAAGAUUGAACCGAAGGGUAAGGGGCCAUGUCCCCGCCGGCGCCAGUGCUGCUGUAUCGUUGGUGACAAGAUUGUCCUCUUUGGGGGUACCAGUCCGUCUCCUGAGGAAGGCCUUGGAGAUGAAUUUGACCUCAUAGAUCAUUCUGACUUACACGUUUUGGACUUUAACACAUCCAACAUGUCAUUUGAAGAGCUCUUGGAAUUGCAGAGCCAAAUGGGGAAUAAGACGUGCAAACAUUUGGUAGCAGGAAACAGCACUAGGAAGCAAGGUUUUAGACCACCUGUCCAAAAUGCGUGUGUUGCAGAUAAGCACAGGCCUCUGGAAAUGUCAGCUAAGGUCCGAGUGCCAUAUUUGCGUCAGGUUGUCCCCAUCAGUAAGAAGGUGUUCCGUGACCCCCGCUUUGAUGAUCUGUCAGGAGAAUAUAAUCCUGAGGUGUUUGACAAAACCUACCAAUUUCUGAAUGACAUCCGAGCCAAAGAGAAAGAGAUUGUGAAAAAGCAAUUGAAGAAGCACCGGUCAGGGGAAGAGCAUGAGAAACUGCAGCAGCUGCUUCAGCGAAUGGAACAACAAGAAGUGGCACAGCAGGAACGAAAGCGGCAGCAAGAGCUGCGCCUGGCCCUGAAGCAGAAGCGGCGGGCUCAGGCCCAGCAGGGCCAUCAGCCAUACUUUCUGAAGAAAUCUGAGCAGCGCCAGUUGGCCCUUGCUGAGAAGUACAAGGAGCUGAAACACAGCAAAAAGCUGGAGAGUUUCUUGAGUCAAAAGAGGCGCCGAAAUGCAAGCAAGGACAGGAAACAUCUCCCUUUGGGCAAAGAGUAAAAGGGAACUGUCCUCAGCUCUGCCACUGCCCCAGUGAGAAAUGGAUUUAUGGGCCUUGGACUUAACUGUUCUCCUGGUUCUUUCCUAUUCAAGGGCAAGGAUCACAGCUGCCCUUGGACUAGUUUGACUCAAAGACUAGAGGGCUGUUGGACUGCCCCUAGGGCUGGGAGAGGAGAGCAGCUCAGCCUCUUUCCAUGCUCCACUGCCUCUGCUUGGAUCUGUUUCAUCAUGUCUGUGUGUCCUUCUCACACCCUUGCCUUAAACCAUUGACUCUCGUACAAAAGAAAAGGGACCAAUGAGUGACCUUGACCCAGUAAAGGCCACAAAAUCUGUUGAAGGCUCCCAGAGCUAGGACUUUAAGCAGGAUCGCCUUCAUAAGCAUUCUUAUGACUCAUCUUUUUAUUCUGCUUUUUUUGUGUGUGUGGAAUUUGUGGGCAACUAAGAACUGCUGUUUAAUGGGCCAUGUGUGGAGUAGGCAACAAAGCCUAAGGCUCCUACAGUGGGAAGCCAGAUCAGAGACCCUUCUACUUAAGUCUGGGCCCUCAAAAGAUGACAUCAUCAUUUCAAGUGUGAACCAGUCCCACAGAGGAAGACUCACCCAUUUCACUUUGGUUAUGGAAGCAAGGGGAGUGUAGGAGGUGGAGACAGACAGCUUCCCCAGUAGUAUGUAACCACAGCUGGCCGUCAUACUGUUUGGGACUAGAAUUGAUAACUUCCAUGUGGCCUGGAAAAUCCUCAAGCUGAUAAUUUAGUUUAAAGUGGUCUCAGGUUGACAGUGCCUCUAGGCACCUGGCAAAAGCAAAUGCAGUUCUCUCUUGAGGACUGUACUUUAAACUCAGUCCUCAAGGAAUUCCUUCAGAUCAAAUUUCAAGAACAUGAGCUUACAACAAAAACAAGGCACACAGGAAAGAAACCACCAUGAACAAGACUCACUGGAACAAUAGUCCACAAAGUCAUAACAGCAAAGACUGGGAUGUUGGAAUUAGUAAAAUGUUAUGUUUACAGAAAAAGUAUGACUAAUAAAAAGAAUAUCAAAAAUGAUCAAACUGGUUUGAAAAAAGUAAAUAAAACUUUUAAAAAUGAAAAA